CCGGUGAAUCCGUGUAUUAAAAACGUGUUUCUUGAAUCCUCUGCGCCUGUCCUACUGCCCCGCCAAACCGUGACUGAAUUUUUUUAAAUAAAAAGUGAUUAAUUGGUCAGCAUGUUCACAAGCUGCAUGUUCGAAAUAUAAAAACGUUUUUGACAAACUGAGAUUUUAUUUUAAUUGCGGAGCAGGGCGCACAUUUCCCUCAUAUGCAAUGUGUCUAAUUAGGCUAAAUAAAAAGGAUUUGCGCUGAAAGAUAUGAGUCUAGACAGAACUAACGGUUUGGCGAUGUUUUCCACUGAAAAUCACCUUGCCAGAAAACUGGACUUCAAUGACAUCAUUCGGGAUUUUGCUGAAGCUUUUGCGUUGAACUGUAGAUCAUUCUGCACCAGCCAGGCCUGAUGAGGACUGUCCCAGCAGACAGGAAAUGCAGAGCUCACUAAAGCAGGUCCAGAAGCUGGUGUCGGCCCACGAGGCAGCAUACCUUCAGAGUCUCCGCACCCUGAGGAAAAAACUCAACCUGUUACAGAGUACAGCUGCAAAGGCUAACAAUGGUACCUGUCUAAAGCUGGACGCUCCUGCCAACAGCAGGAAGUUGGGAAGGGCACAGACCCCAGGUCAUGAGGUUCACUUCAUAUGUGAUCCGGGUUAUGAGUUGGUGGGAGCAGAAAGCAGGGUGUGUCUGGAGAGCCUCACCUGGAGUGGUCAGCAGCCCACCUGUCGCGACAUAAACGAGUGUGCCUCAUCUCCCUGUCUGAAUGGGGGAACGUGUGUGGAUGAGGUGAACCGGUUCUCCUGUAUGUGCCCCAAAGGCUGGGCCGGAGCCACGUGCCAGAGCCCUGUGCCAACAGCCUUUGUUACUAUGACGAACACCUCUGCUGCCCUCUCUGCCCCGUCUGUCACUCUUGGGUCAUUUGUCCGUCCAUCUCGCUGUACGCAGGUCCAGGGAACCACCCACUGCACCUGUGACCCUGGAUACACUAUCUCUGGGCGCGACAGCACCACCUGCAUAGACAUUGAUGAGUGUGAGUUGUUCCACAUGGGUCAGGCUGGUCGACUGUGUUUACACUCCUGUGUUAACACCCCUGGAGGCUAUCGCUGUUCCUGCCCUUCUGGAUACAAUGUUACCCGCGAUGGACGCAACUGCAAAGACAUAGAUGAGUGCGCCACCAGACUGACCAACUGCACACGAGACCAGAUGUGCAUAAACACCUACGGGGGAUUCCAGUGUGUACGUGUGGACUGUCCCCGCAUACGAAAUGCCACCUACAGCCAAACGUCACCCCUCCGCUGUGAGAGGAACCCCUGCUCUGUGGACAACAAGUUGUGCCCUCAGGCUCCCAACUCUAUCUCCCACCACUACCUGUCUGUCGUAUCCAACCUGUCUGCACCGCGCACCAUGUUCCGCGUCUCGGCCCUCCGGCCCAUGGGCGACACGCUUCGCUUCUCCCUGCUGAGCCGCGGGCAGGCCAGGCGCCACUUCAUAGUGCAGCGGUCGGACCGUCAGACGGGCCAGCUGGUGCUGGUGAGGCCCGUGCAGGGCCCCGCUGUACUGGAGGCAGAGGUGGAGAUGAGCGAGCUAGACAAACGGGUCCUGCUGGCGAGGUACAUCACCAAGGUCACCAUGUUCAUCUCCCAGUAUGAGUUCUAGAAUGGGAGGAAUUGACUGGGAUGGUGAUGAGAGGAGAAUGUAGGAGAGGAGAAGGUGAAUAGGCUGAAACGAGGUGGGAAUGGAGAGAAAUACAAAGAGAUAAGAGUUUACUAAAGAAUGUGGUUGAAAGUGGCCAUGGGCAGAGGGGUGCAUGGUAGGGGUCUGUGGAAAGACUUGUAGAGUAUUGCAGUGUGGCAGGGAGCGUAGAGGAGGGCUGAGAGGGGCUGGGGGGUACAGGGAGCUGAG